CCUAGUAUUACUAGCCUUCCUAAAAGUCAAAUAACAUCAAACAAAGAAGACAAAUGUCUUUCAUCCAUGUUACAGUUUCGUUAGAAACUAGGCUGCAAAAAAAAAUCAUCCUAUGAUGCUCUGUUUUCUUCACAGAAACAAUUAGUAGCAGCCAUGGUAUUCCAUGAUCGAAAGCUGAUCUUUGAAUCACUUGAUAAUUCUACUGGUAAAAAUUGUAGCAGUUAUUAUUGUAACCCAAAAGAGAAUCUUUCUCGAAUUUGUCCAAUUUCAUGUAUGUAUAUUUGUUACCCAAUUUGUAGUUUUCCCCUGUUUUCUGAAAUCGAACCGCCAUUGCCACCAAACUUUUUCACCCCCAAAGUUCCUAUUUCUCAAUCUCCACAUAAACCCAUUAUUUCCAUCUUCUUGAUUAUUCUGUUUUCUGUGUUGGCUACUUCUUUCUUCCUUUUUUGUUGCUUCGUGGGUUACAGAAUCCGGAAUGCAAUAAUUUUGUCAAGACCGCAGCAACGAGUUGAAGAAGAAGAAGAAGAAGAGGAGGAGUUUAGUGAUAUUGUUGAUGAAGAUAUUCAUGGACCUAUGGUGGAUCAUCCUAUAUGGUAUAUUAGAACAGUGGGUCUUCAGCCAUCAAUCAUCAGCGCCAUCACGAUUUGCAAGUAUAAAACAGGGGAAGGAAUCAUUGAAGGAACAGAGUGCUCUGUUUGCUUGAGUGAGUUUGAAGAAGAUGAAACUCUUAGGAUUUUGCCAAAGUGUAACCAUGCUUUUCACAUACCUUGUAUUGACACUUGGCUUAGAGCACACACCAAUUGUCCCAUGUGCCGUGCCGGCAUUGUCAUCGCCCCAGCUGCCACUCCAUCCUUGCCUGAACAGAAUUCAGGGCUGAGACAUGAAGAAGAAGCUCAUGAGGGAAUUUCAGAGAAUGCCACGGAAUUAACUCUUGAAAUUGAAAACGAAGGCGAGUCAUUAGAACUAAGUAGUAUGGAUAUCAGUGGAAAUUCCAAGGAAGAUGUGGGGAAUGGUACUAAUGAAGGAGUGUUAAGUGAAUUUAGUGCGUCAAGAAGAUCAACAUCAUUCGAAUCUUUAUCUACUGCUUCAGUAUCACAGAGUACUUUGGAUGGUAAUGAGAUGUCAGCAAGAAUGAAAAACCUUUGUUUGGACAGAGUAAUGCAAGAACAGCACAUGAUAAGAAGAAGCCAGAGUGCUGUUCUUCUUCGGUGA